UUAAAACAUUUGAAAACCACAUUUACCAUAGAGGUAAAUAGACAGACAAUUGAAGAAGAGCUGUGGCAUAUGUUAACUGUUUAUGACUGAUAUGGUCACCACCAGACUUAUUGACAGGCUGUCACAGUAACAAGGCAAGAUUCCCAUACUCUCAUGGAACUAGAGACUGAAUCAUUUUGCCAAGAAUACCUAGCACAUAAAGGUACAGUGGUGAAGCCAUAUUACUGGCUAACAGAGAGCCAGGCCUGUAUCAGAUGUCCUUAUCACAUAAGAACAGGUGAAGAAGCAAGAGUUCCUUAUGCAGAAUUCCACCAGGCAUUUGGAUUCCCCUAUGGGCCAACACAUCACCGAAAUAAACACCUUCUCUUUUAUGAAGUGAGGCACUUCUCAGGCAAACUGAUGCAGAAGGGCCAUGCGACGAACUGUACAGAGUACAACAUCCAUCCAGAAUCAAUGUUAUUUGAAAUGGGAAGUUACCUAGACUCUCUUGUACACAACUGGGAAAAUGCCGCAUGCAUAGUUCUCUAUUCAAACUAUUCUCCUUGCAACGAGGCAGAGCACUGCUGCAUAAGCAAAAUGUACAGCUUCCUGAGGAAGUAUCCAGAUAUCACACUUUGCCUUUAUUUCUCGCAGCUGUAUCACACGGAGGAGGACUUCCCAGUAGCUCCAUGGAACUGUGAAGCUUUGCAGAGCCUUGCCAGCCGGUGGCCUCAGGUGUCGCUAAGCCCUCUGAGCGGUGGACUUUGGCAGUCUGUCCUCCACAAUUUUGUGACAGCUGUUCCACAGAGAGGCCUUUACCAUCCAAUUUUGCCCAUAAGAGCACUGGCUGAUAGACAAAAUGCACAACAAAUAAACAACAUAACAGGAAUACGGUUUCCUUUUAUGAAAGCCCUGCCUCAGCAAGUCUAUGGAAACGCAAGUGCCAUACCAAAUCUGCAGGAGAACUAUUUGUCCACUUUAUACUCUCAGCAUCCAGCACAAAUGAUAAAUGUUCGGUUGCCCCCGCUAAGAAGGCAACCGCUCCAUUUGGCCUCUCCCAUUAACGUUUCCCCCCCUUGGAGACAGCGAGCCACGUAUCCUAAGCCUAGGAAUAUUGUCAGGCAUGUCAAAAUGCCAGAUGAGUCAUUAAGCAAAAUGAAACAUUUGCAAGUAAUUCCAAAGGGAAGAGCUGUUCACAUGGAGAAAAUUACUGAACUUCGAAGCAGCAAGCCGGCAGAGCAUGAAGGCCACAGGAAGAAAAAGGAUUAA